AUGGCAUCCGCUCCCUUUGGAUCAGCUGCACCAUACGCAGAGCCCCUCUGGCACUCCCGGCAGAUCUCCCCGUACUAUAGCGAGUCGCAUAAGAAAGUGCAGGCUUAUGUCCGUGACUACGUUGAUAACAACCUAAAGCCCUAUGCCGAAGAGUAUGAGAAGCAAGGGUUCUUGCCGCCGGAGGCGCUAAGGCUCCAUGCUGAAAAGGGCUUUACAAUAAUCAAGCCCACAAAGAGGGAGUAUAUGGGUGGGGUAUCCUUGCCGGCAGGCAUUGAGCCAGAGGAAUGGGACGAGUUUCAUAACCUAAUUGUGGUGGAUGAGCUGAACAGACUUGGUUAUUCGGGAGUAAUUUGGGGUCUUUUCGGAGGAAAUGGCAUUGGAUGUCCCCCAAUCAUGAAUUUCGGGAGCGAGGCGCAAAGACUCGAGUAUAUGCCCAAAGUCUCUCGUGGGGAGAUACGGUUUUGUCUAGGCAUUACUGAGCCUGAUGCGGGAUCCGAUGUUGCCAACAUCAAGACCACCGCCAAACGGUCCGGUAAUAAGUAUAUUGUCAAUGGGGCUAAAAAGUGGAUCACCAACGGCCUGUGGGCAAAUUAUUGCACAGCUGCUGUCAGAACAGGCGGACCAGGUCGCAAGGGCAUCUCUCUCCUUAUCGUCCCAUUGGCCGCGAAGGGUGUGACAAGGAGACGAAUGGAGAAUUCCGGCGUCAACGCCAGCGGUUCGACGUUCAUCGAGUUCGACGACGUGGAAGUCCCGGUGGAGAAUCUCAUUGGUACAGAAAAUCACGGUUUCACAUAUAUCAUGUCGAACUUCAAUCCUGAACGACUUAGCAUGGCCGCCGCCUGCAUUCGCCUGUCCCGCGUAUGUGCUGAAGACGCCUACAAUUACGCCAUUAAGCGCGAAACCUUCGGCCAACCAUUGAUAGCGAACCAAAUCAUUCGCGCCAAAUUCAGUAAAUUCGGCGAGCUGAUUGAACCCUGCCAGGCCUACCUUGAGCAACUCGCGUACACACUCCACGUCGCCGCGAAGACAGGCCAGCAGGGUGUCGACGUCGGAGGAAUGACUGCUCUAUUGAAGGUGAUGACCACACGCUGUCUGGAGAAGGUGUGUCGGGAGGCGCAGCAGGUUAUGGGUGGGGCGGGAUAUAAUAAGAGCGGGAAGGGGGCGAGGAUUGAGCAGAUUAGUCGCGAUGUGAGAGUUUUUGUGGUUGGGGGUGGGAGUCGGGAGAUUCUGAGUGAUUUGGCGGUUAGGCAGGAGAUGAAGAAUUUGAAUGAUUUGCAGCAUGCCGCGAAAAAGGGGGCGAAGAUUUGA